CAUUUUUAACCGCAGUAUUAAAGAAAAGUGUGGUUGCUAAUGCAGAAACUGCAAAGUUGAGUCAGAGGCUUUUGUGGCACGAACGUCUCUGCUGCUCAGGUAGAAAUGUGGGUCAGGCGUCGGGCAUCAAAGAUCCAAAAACCUGAGACAACAGCUCGCCGUUCAUCCCACUGGAGCGCUCCCCUCAUCCAGACGCAACAGUGUCACAGAGCUGCAAUCGGGAGUUCAGCGGCUGCAGCCGCCCCACUUCCUGUCGUUUCUGGUGACGGGGGGUGUGGAGGAUGUUGUGACGAUAAGAGGCGCGUCGAGGGGGAGCAGAAGCAGAAGGCGAGCGCUCAGCGAAGCGUGCAGAAGAGGCGCUCCUGCUCAGGGCGGACUGAAGGAACAAAGAUGCGGUCGGAGGACGGCGAGGAUCUCGUCUCGGCGACUCUUUGAGGACCUUCGGUUGCUUCUUCCUGAUCCCAGGAGAACAAUGACAGCUUCAACCUUUCUACCGCCUUCAUCCUUCCCUCCUUCCUCCUCCUCGUCCGUCAACAACUCCUCUUCUGAGUGCAAGAUGGACAACACCUCGCUCCGCCUGCUGCUGGCGGUCUUCUACUCCUUGUUCUUUGCGGUGGGCCUGGUGUGUAACCUGUUUGCUCUGUGGGUCUUCCUCUUCAUGCACCCCAAGCGGAACUCUGUGCGGGUCUUCCUCAUCAACUGCGCCGUGGCCGACCUGGUGCUGCUGGCGUGCCUGCCCUUCAGGGUCUCCUACCACGCCAGGGGGGACAAGUGGGUUCUGGGCUCGCUGAUGUGCCGGCUGGUGGGCAACGCGUUCUACGUCAACAUGUACGUCAGCAUCAUGCUGCUGGGCUUCAUCAGCCUGGACCGCUUCCUAAAGCUGAGGGGGAAAGGCCGAGCCAAGCGGGGCUUCGGCGGGACGCUGUGCGGGCGCACGCGGCUCCGGACCUGGGCGGUGUGCGGCGUCCUGUGGGGCGUCUCCUUCCUGUUUUUUAUCUUCCUCGUCAUCAAAGCGAAGACAAAGGAGGGUGACAGUGGUAAAUGCUUCCACUACAAGAAGAGCAAGGGCAUCCCGUAUUUAAACGCGGUGGUGGUCUUCCUGUUCUGGGUGGUCUUCGCCAUGCUCAUCAUCUCCUACGCCAAGAUCGCGGCGCGGCUGCUGCAGGUGUCGCGGGACAGGCCGGACCUGCCGAACGCUCACAAGUACGUGCGGACGGCCAAAAAGUCCUUUUUCGUCCUCUUCCUGUUCACCGUCUGCUUCGGGCCGUACCACGCCUUCCGCCCCGUCUACAUCCACUCCCAGCUCAGCGACGACCUGUCCUGCGGCUACGAGAGGUUGAUGGACUGCACCAACGAGCUGGUGCUUCUGCUGUCCGCCUUCAACAGCUGCCUGGACCCCGUCAUGUACUUCCUGCUGUCGGGCUCGGUGCGCCGGACGGCGGUGCAGGCGCUGGGGCACCGCCUCUGCAGCUGGGCGUGCAUGGACGCCAGUGCCAAGCUGGCCCACAGCUCCACCACAGAGUUCCGCCGGCCCUCCAUGGCCGUGUCCCUGCCGGGCACCGCCCCCAACACGCCCUCCGCCACCCCAAGAACCAGCAUCUGUGCCAUGAACGCCACCCUGCGCCGCGCGGGGGCGACGAUGCUCACGCCGACGGGACACUGACCAUCAGUAAAACUCCAUUUCUGUUCUACAAACUAAAACGUCAUUAAAUGUGUUGUGUUUCGUUAGAGCUCCUCCUGAAGCGCUCAGACGGCGAGGAGUCUGUGGUUGAGUUUCAGAAGCGUUCUGACAGCAGUGGAAAGCCCUCACCUUUACG